AACACUAUAUGAUGAGUUCUAUUGAAGUAGUUGUCAUCGGCCUCUCAUUUACUGGACGUCUAACAAUUUUUAUUUAUUAUUAUUAUUAUUUUUUGGGUGUGGUUUCUAGAUUCAAGCUCUACCCCAACGAGUGCAUGCUAUGUUCAAACGCAUAGCCGUUAGCUUCGCGCCAAAACCCCGACCCCACCACAUUCCCCUCCCCGGAUUCAAAUUUCCCGCGCACCAACUCCUCCACUCCCUCCUCCCAAGAUGCCGCUCCAUGAACCACCUCAAGCAGCUCCACGCGCACCUCAUCGCCGCCGCCCUCCUCGACGAAACCCUAACCCUAGCCCAGCUCAUCUCCUUUUGCUCCCUCUCCCCCGCUGGCAACCUCUGCUACGGCCGCAAACUCCUCGAACACGCUCCCAACCCCAAUAAAUUCAUGUACAAUAGCUUAAUCAGAGGCUACACCAAUCAACAUAGCCCUAAAGAAGCCCUCUUUCUUUGUCGCCGAAUGCUUCGCCAUGGCCUCUUGCCCAACCAGUUCACCCUUCCCUUCGUUCUCAAGUCAUGUGCCGAAGCUUCAGCAUUAGAAGAAACAUUAGUGAUUCAUGGUCUGAUCAUAAAGCUCGGAUUCGAGUCGCAAAUCUUUGUUAUGAAUGCUCUCCUCCAUGUUUACUCGUCUUGUGGGCCAAUUUGGUUUGCCCGCAGGGUGUUCGACGAAAUUCCCAGUAGAAAUGCUGUGUCUUGGAACUCUAUGAUUGGUGGGUAUUCUCAAUUGGGUGAUUGCAAAGAAGCAUUUUCCCUAUUUAAAAUGAUGAGAGAAAGUGGUUUGGUGGCUGAUGAGUUCACACUGGUUAUUCUUUUAUCUGCAUGCUCGCAAGCAGAAAAUUUUGAGUUGGGUAGGCUCGUACAUCAAUAUAUAGAGGUUUCUGGGGCUAAAUUUGAUCUGAUUGUGAGGAAUGCAUUGGUAGAUAUGUAUGGGAAGUGUGGCAGAUUGCUUAUGGCGCAGAGAUGUUUCGAUACGAUGGAUGUGAAGAAUGUGGUUUCGUGGACAUCGAUGGUAUGCGCUCAUGCGAAACAUGGUUUGAUUGAAGUGGCUAGGGAUCUGUUCGAUCGAAUGCCGGAAAGGAACAUAGUGUCGUGGAAUGCCAUGAUCUCUUGCUACGUCCAAAAUGGGCUUUCUCAUGAAGCCCUAGAUCUUUACGACCAGAUGCAUGCUUCAAAGGUAACGCCGGAUGAGGUAACUCUUAUCUUUGUUCUUAUGGCUUGCGCCCAAAAUGGCAAUUUGGUAUUUGGGAAGAAUAUUCACUAUCAAAUUAGAGAUAAUAUUGAACAACCCUCUAUUGCUCUAUUUAACUCCCUUAUCGACAUGUAUGCAAAAUGUGGUCCAAUAGAAAUUGCUUUAGAUCUCUUUAGUACGAUGCCUAGUAAAAGCGCAAUCUCAUGGAAUGUGAUAAUUUGGGCCUUAGCAAUUCACGGCCGGGCAUUUGAUGCUGUUGAUUUCUUUAACCAAAUGAUUGAAGAGGGCUUUUUACCGGAUGGGGUCACUUUCGUCGGUUUGUUAUCUGCAUGUAGUCAUUGUGGUUUAGUGGAAAUUGGACAAUCUUAUUUUGAAACUAUGAAUGUUGUUUAUAAUGUUCCAUAUGAAAUUGAACAUUAUGCUUGCAUGGUUGAUCUUCUUGGGAGGGGAGGCUUGAUUCAAAGAGCCGUGGAGUUAAUUAAAAGUAUGCCUAUGAAGCCGGAUAUUGUGAUAUGGGGUGCAUUACUUGGGGCUUGUAGAAUUCACGGAUAUGCAAGGAUUGGGGAGCAGGUGAUGAAACACCUACUAAGUUUGGAAAUGAGUGGUGGAGGACUACAUGUUUUGAUUUCAAAUAUGUAUUGUGAGAACCACAGGUGGGAGAAGAUGAAGACACUAAGGAGAGUCAUGAGAGAAAAGGGGAUAAAGAAGGAUGCAGGAGUUAGUUCAAUUGAGAUAAAUAGUAUUCUACAUGAGUUUUUAGUAGAAGACAUGAGACAUGAAAGCUCUACUGAUAUAUACUUUGUUCUAUGCCAGUUAGCAGAUCAUUUGAUAUCUGUAGAGCAUUGUACAGUUUCACCAGAAGAACUUUUGGAUGUAGAGAAGUGAGGGAAAAUUACUUGUAUGUCAGCCGGGCUUUUCACAAUGUCCCUGAUAUAUGUCCUCAUACUGCAAUUGGGCAGAAAUCAAGCUUAAACCCAAAAUAUCAAGAAAGCAGAAUUGCCCAAAAGUAAAUAAAGACCAAACGUCACAAAAGGCAGCCUUCAAACUGUGUUACUUUGAAGAGAUGCAGUUGAGAAACGUUCAGAGCCUUUGAGAUUCGUGGUCUUAAGACUAGAACAGGUGGAAGCUUGUUACCGUCUUGGCAGUGGCUUUGGUGAUAAUAACAAAGACUGCAGGGAUAGAGGAGAAGCCAAGAAACCACUUAGACAUGCGCCACCGUUUGGAUUCCAAAGGGCAGCAUGAGGGUAAAGUACUUGAUUACGGGUGGAAUCAGGCGAGCGAGCAUGGGUCAAAGUAAGAGACU